AUGACGGAGGAGUCGAGUGUCGUCUGGGCUUAUCUCACCCAGGCAUCUGCUCACAAUUCAGUGGCUGUAGUCGGCGUGCCAGCUGAAAUUUUAUCAAAUGGUGUGGUAAACUUGGACUUGGCCUUAGAUACACACAAACUGUUUGUGGGUCUGAUUUGUUUGAGUCUUUCUCAUGUCUUUCUUCUCUUAACUGCAGGAAAGGCCUUCGACAUCACAUACGUGCGUCUGAAGUUUCACACCAGUCGUCCGGAGAGCUUUGCCAUCUACAAACGCACCAGGGAGGACGGCCCCUGGGUGCCCUACCAGUACUACAGUGGCUCCUGCGAGAGCACCUAUCACAAAGUGAAUCGGGGCUUCAUUCGGACUGGGGAGGAUGAGCAGCAGGCCCUCUGCACGGAUGAGUUCAGUGACAUCUCCCCACUCACUGGGGGCAACGUGGCCUUCUCAACGCUGGAGGGACGUCCCAGCGCCUAUAACUUUGACAACAGCCCCGUGCUACAGGAAUGGGUGACAGCUACAGAUAUUAGAGUGACUCUCAAUCGUCUGAACACCUUUGGAGAUGAAGUCUUCAAUGACCCAAAAGUUCUCAAGUCUUAUUACUAUGCAAUUUCAGAUUUUGCUGUGGGUGGUAGAUGCAAAUGUAACGGACACGCAAGCGAGUGUGUGAAGAAUGAGCUUGGGAAGCUGGUCUGCAACUGCAAGCACAACACCUUUGGGGUCGACUGUGAGAAGUGUCUUCCUUUCUUCAACGACCGUCCGUGGAGGAGAGCGACAGCAGAGAGUGCCAAUGAAUGCUUGCCCUGUGAGUGCAGCGGGAGGUCUCAGGAGUGCUUCUUCGACCCCGAGCUCUACCGCUCCACGGGCCACGGGGGCCACUGCACCG